GAUCAGGUCAUUGGAGAGUCUUGGACCUUCUGAUCGUUAGCCAUGAUGCCGAGCAGAUCUUCUCGCGCGACUGUACCUCCAUGAAACUAUCGAAGCGCGAGAUAUGUCCUACUUUCCCAAUCGAUUAAUAUACAAACGAGGGACUGGACGCUACGAGUGGCAUUUAUGACAGAGGUCCUAUGGUUCACUUGGGAGAGGUGAAGGGCAGGAGGGCUAUUUUGCCGGAUAGGAAAGAUGUGGCGAUGGAGGUUCGAUUUGUGAUAUAUGGGGUUGUUGGCAAAGACGGGCCAUACGGGGGCGGCUUUAAUUGUCUUCCUCUCUCCUUUGAUGGCAAGUUAUUUUUCAGACGAAGAAUGGCGGCCGUCGGGCCGGAUGCUAGCUCAGAUAUCAUAAUUUCAGCUGCUGAUGGACUCAUCAUGUCCACAGUCAGCGUGGAUAACGUUUGGGAAGUGGUAGCUCAACAGGGUAGGACAUGGAUCGCGCCGGAAGUGUUCAAUGAGCAUACCUUUGGGUCAACGAGUGUCAUGCCUUGAGGAGCUCGGUUACGUGUCCUCCUUUCCGCCUGAAUGAGCGUAGUUUGGUCGUUGUCAUAUCAGAUGGCCAAACUUUGUAAUAUGGGAUUCAGGAUGCACAAGUACCAGCUUCUAUUUCAGUCCGGGUUGGCAAGCACCAGCGCUGCCCAUGGUCCGUCGUUACUCAACAAUUUGCGGAGAAUUGCGG